AGAUUGUAUUUGUUUACAUCAUACUUGUCAAGAAUCAAGAAUUUACAGUGGAUUAAUUUGUUUUGUUAUCUUUAUUCAGUACAUAAAUAUUCACGAUAAAUAUUUACAUAGGCGUACAUGUAACGUAACUACCGCAGAGCAUUGACACAAGUCAGUGGAGAGUGGUCCGGUUCCGCUUACAUUGUAAACUUUGGACCAUAGUUCAAAGUCCGUGGUUUAUUACGGAGAAAGUUUACACUUGUUGCAAAAGUAUACGAAUAAGUUUGUGACGAUGGAUUUCGACUACAAGCAAGGUCCAGUGAGUGACGAAGAGCUGCGGGAGGUCAUCCCGGACUUGCCGGCCGGUCGGCUGGAUGAAUACCGGAAGAAGGCCACAUUUGACUGGCGCCGAAUGAAACUCUCCUACGAUACUCUAAAUGCCAUUAAACUUAAGCAAGAGAUAUGGAAGUUUAUGGCAGAGCACCCAUUUUUCAAACACACAGCGGAGACCCCGAGCCUGGACGAGACCCGCCACAUCACCAUCAAGCGCAUGUAUGCCAUGUACAAUGAGCAGUUUGCUGGAGUUGAGAAGAUUGCGCAAGAUCCUAGCCUGUUUCAGGCAGAAACAGAAGCAAUGUUCAUGUUUGACCCAUCCCUAGCUGUCAAGAUCUCACUUACAUUCCGCAUGUUUACCAACGUAAUACGAGGCAGUGGCAGAGACCACCAUUACCCAAUCAUUGAGGCCGCAGAAAAAGGCGAGAUUGGAGGUUGUUUUGCCCUGACUGAGGUGGCACAUGGCUCUAAUGCUAAAGGCAUGAGAACUACAGCUACGUAUGAUGUGGAGAGACGCCAGUUUGUGCUACAUAGUGCUGAUUUCGAGGCUGCUAAAUGCUGGGUGGGAGCUUUGGGUCAGUGUGCCACUCACGCAAUAGUAUAUGCGAUGCUGAUCUCCAAGGGACAGAACCACGGCCUACACACUUUCGUAGUACCCAUCAGGGACCCUCAGACCCUGAUACCGUACGCAGGAGUCACUGUAGGAGACCUGGGAGAGAAGAUUGGACUUAAUGGUGUUGAUAAUGGUUUCGUAAUGUUCAAUAACUACCGUUUGCCAAAGGAGGCAGCUCUGGACAAGAUGGGAGGCGUUGAUGAUAAUGGGGAUUAUAAAACUCCGUUCAGGGACCCUAACAAGAGAUUUGGAGCCGCCUUAGGAAUCUUAUCAGGAGGGCGAGUCCAUAUCACGACGAUAUCUACGAAUUAUUUGCAAAAAGCGAUAGUUAUCGCGAUAAGGUACUCUGCUACAAGGAAGCAAUUCGGUCCUGAGAAUGCCAAGGAAGAAACAGCAGUUUUGGAGUACCAGCAACAGCAAAUCCGGCUGCUCCCUUACCUGGCGGCGGCGUUCGCGCAGCGGAUAUUCUGCAACUGGUUCAGCAAGAGCCACGUGCUCAUCACCAUCAAGAACAUGAUGGGUGUAGACGACAACUCGGCCAUGCGCGGCAUAGAGGUCCACGCUCUCUCUUCGGCCGCGAAGCCGAUCUGCGGCUGGACGGCGCGCGACGGCAUCCAGAACUGCCGCGAGUGUUGCGGCGGGCACGGCUACUUGAAGGCGGCCUGCCUCGGAGACCUUCGCAACGACAACGACGCCAACUGCACAUACGAAGGAGAGAACUCCCUCCUUCUUCAGCAGACGAGCAACUGGCUUCUCUCCCUCUGGCAGAAGAGACAGGAGCCAGGCGCGCUGGACUACCCACUAGGGUCUGUCAAGUUCUUGGAGAAUGCUGAUGAGUUGCUAAGGAAGAAAUGUCCGUGGAGCAAAGAAGAGGACUUUGCUAAGGCUGAUAAUCUUAUUCAAAUGUACAACUGGCUGACCGCAUUCACUCUGAAGCAAACGUAUGAGAAAGUGGCCGAGUUGAAGAAGGCCGGUAAAAGCAACUUUGAUGCCAAGAACCAGUCGCAGUCUUACAAUGCAGUCACACUGUCUGUGGUUUAUGGAGAGAACUUCAUUCUGAGUCACUUCUACAAGACGGCGAUGGAGUUCGAAGACGCGGCGUGCAGAGAGGUGCUGCUGAUGUUAGCUUCGCUUUACGGCGCAUUUAUGUUGGAGAAACAUCUGGCCACGCUUUACAUUGGCGGCUACUUCACCGGCACCACCGGCCUCCACCUCCGCGCCGCUAUCCUCUCCCUGUGCAGCCGAGUGGCGCCGCUGUCCGUGAGUCUGUGCGACUCGCUCGCGCCGCCCGACGCGCUGCUGCGCUCCGUACUGGGGCAGAGCGAUGCCGAGGCCUACAAGCACAUUCAGAACAGUUUCCUGACGUACCCGGGCGCGCUCAGCCGCCCCAAGUGGUGGCGAGACGUCGUCUACUGGAAGAGCUAUGUACCAGCCAAGUUGUAAUGUCGAUUGUAAACACACAGUGAAUAUAGAGAUAACCCUGUAUCACUUUUGACUGGGUUAUACUUAGGCGUGCGAACAAACUAUAAA